AUGUGCCGCAAACUCACCGUCUGCUGCCAGCGCUUCAUCAGCAAGAACGUCUCCGUCUCCGACCACCACAUCAUCUUCUCCGACCUCAAAGUCCCGUGCAUCGAGCCCGGCACCGCCAAAUGCCGCUCAGGUGAAGCAGACCUCAAGGACUUCCAGAACCCGCCCACCACCUGCGCAGGUGCUGCCGAAGGCUACCCAAUCCGCUCCAGCCAGUGUGAGGCCGUGUGCCAUGCGGCCCUGCGCAAGUAUGGCGAGAGCCUUCACCGCAUGAACACGGCCGGUCCUGCGAAGAAGGGUUGGUGGGCUAGCUGGUUUGGGAAGAGGGAGGAGGGAGAUGUGGAGAGUAGUGAUAAGGGAUUGUUUGUGGUGAGCAGGGACCCGGAGGAUCGGCCUUACAAGGAGAGUCGGGCUAGUAUGGACGGCUAG